AUGGCCAAGGCAAAAACCCAACCCUCCAAGCGCUCCCGCGCCGCCCGCCGCGCCACCUCGCCCAGCAUCGACACCGACAAGUCCCUCAAGACGGCGCAGCCGCCUCCUCGCACCAAGCCCACCGACCGUCCGUCCGUCCUCGCCGUGCAGCACGCGGCGGGCGUGCAGAAGCGGUCCAGCCACCGCAAGACGCACCUCUCGGCCAAGGCGCGCAAGCGCCGCGAAAAGGGCAUGGAAAUGGCCGAGGCCGUCAUGGAGCGGACGUCGAACAAAGUCCAGCGGAGCCUGAACCGCCAGCGCACCGUGGACAAGCGCCGGAAGGAGUGGGAUGCCAUCAACAAGGAUGUGAAUGAGGCUGAGGGAGAUGAUGAUGAUGAGGAUGAUGAGGAUAUGGAGGUCGAGGAGGAGGGUGUGGAGACGAAGAAGAAGAAGAAGAAUGGAAAGAAGGAGACGAAAAAGGCAGAGGACAAGGACAAGGAGGACGGGUGGGAGACGGAUGAGGGUGACGAGGGAAAGACGACAGACGGAGGCGUGGAUGAUGGUCUGGAUGAGAUUCUGUAA